GUGGUAUUAAGCGUCAGGUAUAGUACUAUUAAUGAUAGGUUUCAGCCUUCGAAACUGCUUCCUUUGUUCCAUUAUACCUCUGAGGACCAGAGAGUAAGACAGGUACCCAGUUUCUCUCUGUUCAGAAUAGCAAUUUUGAUUAUCAGAGGUAUUCGUCAUUCUUGAUAAAAUAGAAGAUGGAUGGUGGCAAGGAAAGAAAAGGAGGAAAAAGUUGGAGAAAAGAGAGAGAAGAACGAGAAAAGAAAAAAGUUGUUGGCAAAGGAGUGAACAGUUCACACAAAGGUUUCGAUGAGAAACAAGAUGAUUUUGUGAAGGACGAGGAAGGAGAGAAACAGAAACAAGAGGAAGAGCUAAAAAAGCAGGCAGAGGAGGAAAAGAUGAAGAAAGAGGCGUCAGCGAGAGCCAAGCAGGAGGAGGAAGAAGCCAAAAAACGUGAAGAGGAGGCAAAAAAGCAGCAAGAGGAACAGGCAGCAGCAAAGAAGGAGGAGGAGCGGCAAUUUCUUUUGGCUUACAUCCAAGAAUCUGAAGAGCGACUUAGCAAAAAGGCAGAGCUACGUCAGCAGAACUUAGCCGCAGCAAAGGAUCGUCCAGAGUUGAAUACUGCAAUGUUAGAUUCGAGCCUUAAGAAAAACACUGCCUUUAUAAAAAAAUUAAAAAAUCUGACAGAAAAUCAGCAUGAUUCAUUGAUAAAGGACCUGCAGAGUUUGAACUUGACCAAAUAUGUCAGCGAAGUGGCGCAAGCAGUGGUGGAAGCAAAGCUGAAAAUGUCGGACAUUGCAACCGCUGUACACAUAUGCUCUCUCCUUCAUCAGCGAUACCAUGACUUUGCUCCGACACUUCUGGAGAAUUGGCAGAAGGUCCUGUCGCCAAAGAAGGAGGAUAAGAUUCCUAAUAUGAGUAAACUGCGAGUGGAUCUAAGGCUUUAUGCAGAACUUAUUACUGCUGGGAUUUUUGCUCCGAAAGAAGGAUUGCCUCAUUUAGGUAAUGUUUUGACAACAUUAGUUACAUCAGACAAGGAGGAACAUCUAAACAUUUCUGUCCUCCUGACAUUUUGUCGCCACUGUGGAGAAGAUUACAUGGGUUUAGUGCCGCGCAAGAUCAGACUUUUAUCUGAGGAAUUCCAAGUCACUGUGCCACAAAGUGACUUCCUACCAAAGGAAAGGCAGAAGAAUGUGCGGCAGUUACUAAGAGAUUAUUAUACAUCUCUGAGCAAACAUUUGCUGCAUGAUCACAAGGCACUACAACAAGUAGAGCAACAAAACAGACGAUUGCUACAGACACGAGGAGAGCUGGGUCAGGACCGUCUGACUUUGGUCGAAAACCUGGCCUCUGGACUUGGGAAGCUCCUUGCUAAUGCUCAGCAAAUGGCUGAAUUGCUUGAUGAGGAGAUCCCAGAACUCCCCGAAGACAAGAAUACAAGUGACGAUAUAGGCUUCUGUGACAUUGGACUGGGCGAAGGAGGUGAAAUGACUGAAGGAAGUACUGCUGUGCUGUGGGAGGAUGAUGACACUCGUGCCUUCUACGAGAAUUUCCCAGAGCUGAAGGCUCUCAUUCCUUCUAUACUGUACAGUGACUCGGAAAAGCCGGCUGUUGAAAUUCCAACGGAAGAAGUGGAUGUUAACCUGGAAGAAGAUGACUUAGAAGUGGGAGAUACUCAAGACGAUGAUUCAGAAGAAAUUUUACCUCCCGAGUUGCCACCAGAAGAAGAUCAGGAUGACAGCCUGACAAGCUCAGGUCCAUCGUCAAACAAAGUUUUGUUGGAUGCUUUCCUGAGUGCCCUGCCCAACUGUAUCAAUAGAGAUCUCAUUGACAGUGCUGCGAUGGAGUUUUGCCUUAGACUGAAUACAAAACCAAACAGAAAGAAGUUAGUCAGGGCACUGUUCUUAGUCCCAAGAACAAGGCUGGAUUUGUUACCUUUCUAUUCUCGACUGGUGGCAACUCUGCAACCACUGAUGCCGGAUCUUGCCACAGAUCUUGUGAACAUGUUGCGUCAAGAUUUCAGAUACCAGGUUCGCAAGAAAGAUCAGAUUAAUAUCGAGUCUAAAAUCAAAGUCGUUCGGUUCAUUGGUGAGCUGGUCAAGUUUCGCGUCUUCCCAAGAAGCGAGGCGCUGAUUUGCCUAAGGAUGUUACUCCAGGACUUCAAUCAUCACCACAUCGAGAUGGCAUGUAACUUGUUGGAGACGUGUGGACGUUUUAUGUAUAGGAUCCAUGACUCCCAUCAUCGAACAAAAGUCUGCCUUGAACAGAUGAUGAGAAAAAAGACAGUGAAAGCUUUUGAUCCCAGGUACAACACAAUGAUUGAAAAUGCCUACUUCUAUGUAAACCCUCCCGACUCUGGCCCAGAGGCUAUGAAAAAAGAACGUCCUCCGAUGCAUCAGUACAUACGAAAACUUCUCUACAACGAUCUCUGUAAAUCAAAUACUGAAAAGAUUUUAAGGCAGAUGAGAAAAAUGCAUUGGGAAGACCCAGAAACAGCCAGCUACAUUGUGAAGUGUCUCACUGGGGUGUGGAAUGCCAAGUUCUAUAAUAUCAGAUGCAUUGCAAACUUGGUGGCAGGGUUAAUAUCCCAUCAUGACUGGGUUGGUCCAGCAGUCGUUGAUGGUGUUUUAGAAGACAUAAGACUUGGCCUUGAAGUCAACCACCCAAAAUAUAAUCAGAGACGGAUAGCAGCUGUUAAAUACUUGGGAGAGUUGUAUAACUACCGUGUGAUUGAAAGUACCAUUAUAUUUAAGGUGUUAUAUUCAUUUAUAUCUUUUGGGGUCGUAUACGACCCUAACGUUGUGAGUGAUUAUGAUCCACCAGAGCACUUGUUUCGUCUGCGUUUAGUGUGCAUGUUGCUGGAAACCUGCGGCCAGUUCUUCAGUUCUGGGUCGAGUAAAAAGCGGUUGGAUUGUUUUCUGACUUAUUUCCAACACUACUUCCAGUACAAGAAGAGCCUAUGGACAGAGGAGCAAGAAUUCCCUUGGCAAAUUGACCAUCUUGUUCGCGACACCAUCACAGCAGUACGUCCCAAGCUGCAGCUGUCGAAUAGCCUUGAAGAUGCCCGCAAAGCUGUUCAAGUUCUCAAUAAGCAGAUUGUUGCUAAAGCUAUUGAGCAAGCUCCCAGUUUACGUCAGUUCCUGGAACCUGAGGAGGAGAGUGAUUCCUUGCAGACUAUUUCAGAAGAAGGUGAUGUAAGUGUUUCUGGCUUAGAAGGAGACAUCAUGGAGGACAUGGAUGAUGAGGAUGAAUUUGAAGACAUGGAGGCAGAGUUGGACUGGAGUGAAUCCCAUGCAGAAUCCUUGACUCCUUCCCAACACAGUCAGCCUGGCCGAAGCAAUCCAGAAGAGGAAGGUGAGGCAGGACUGACAGGAGAUGCAGAAGACGAGAUAGGUGAUGAUGACACAAAUGAUAUUGAUGAAGCAUCUCUAGAAGCUGACGUCAAGGUCAACGUUAAACAUGUUGAUUGUGAAGAGGACAACGAUUUCAUGUCUGCUUUCGAUCGCAUGAUGGCUGAGAGCAUACUAGAGCGAGCCAAUGCUGUACCUCGUCCGGGGCAGUUAGACAUAUCAGUGCCAGUUCAUGUUAAGACGACUGCAAAGAAAACGUAUGACCAGCUUUUAAGUGAAAACUCAGAAGAGGAUGCAAAACCAGUGGUCAACUUUGUUCUGAUGACCCGCUCAGGGAGCAAGCAGCAGUAUAGCAAUGUCGAAAUGCCCGUCAACUCGGAGCUUGUCACAAAACUUCGCACAAGAGAAGAGGCUGAACGAGCUGAAAAGGAGAGAGUCAAAAGGAUGACCCUGGAGAUUAAUGAAAGACAAGAGGAAGAGGAAGCUGCAGAAAUCUUGCAACAGACCCAGCGCCCAACUACGAUGAAUUUCAAUCGUGAAAGGCGUCCGAAGUACCAGCAUCCCAAGGGAGCCCCAGAUGCAGAUCUAAUCUUUGGACCUAAGAAGAUAAGAUAGACCAAAUAGUAUAUGUGACCGCUAUAAUUAUGCUUAGAAUAAGACAGGUAAUUUGUUAAGUUUACUCAAAAUGUCUUUCUGUUUGUGUGAUAAGGUCUUAGUGAUAAUAAAAGCUACCAGCUGAUGACACUGCAUUCUAUAGAGGAUAAAGCAUAGUAGACUGGAGCAGUCAAAACACUUGAAGAUAUCAGCUCCUGUUGAGGCAAAAAAAAAAAAAAAGUGUUGUGUUAAGUUUUAAAGUCGUCUUGUUUUGAUGUCUUUUUUUGUGAUCAUUAAACCUUUGCCUUUUGUCAGUUUUAAGUGAUUCUGUACAUUUAAUAGAAAUAUGUUUUAAUGGUAAACUUCAAGAGUGCUUCCAUGUGAAAGCUCACCACCUCGUGAGUUUGUGAAUGCAAACAGUAAGAAUUCAGUCUUUUAAUAUAUUUUCUGUGUAUGUGCAUUUACGAUUGCAUUAAGAAAAUGUAAUUUGUUGGCCUUAUCGGGUAUGACACGUUAUUUUAUAUAUUCUUAAAACUUAAAAAAGGCCAAGGGAUAGGAAACCUAACAGCAUUCGUAUAAUGAAGUAUAGCUGCUUGACAAGAAAGAAAAGUAUGAGACAGGAUUAUGCAGAUUGCUUCACCAUCUUUGGGGUAUUGUGUAGCCUUCACUAUUGGGUCUUGGGUCCUCAUCACUCAUUUGGAGUAUCGGAGUACUGAAGACCCUGAAAUGUCCCUUAAGGUGAAGUUCCACAUUUGGUAUAAAGUAAUUUUAUGAUUAUUAUAUAAUAUAUUGUUUUAUAGAUCUCAACAUGGAGUUUUCGCUUACGAUAACAACUAGGUAUUUUGCUGUCACUCCGAAAAUGGGUAUGGUAACGUACCCUUCAGCCAUUCUUGUAUCCAUUAUUGUCCCUGCGUUUACUGUAUCCCCUCACUUUCACGUCACGGUUUGAAUAUUUCUGUCAACUUCGCCCCUUUCUCAUGUGAAUGUUAAUGGCAUUGUUUGUUAAUAAAUGACUAAACUUU